GUAGGCUGCUGUGCUGCCAACCUCUAUAUAAAGGACGAAGCUUGUACACCAAACCCUCACACCAUUUCUUCUCCCUAUUUCUCUAUUGCGGCAGGAAAAAAAUGUCUCAUCGGAAAUUCGAGCACCCUAGACACGGUUCUCUCGGCUUUCUCCCAAGGAAACGAGCUUCACGUCAUCGUGGAAAAGUGAAAGCCUUUCCAAAAGACGAUCCCACCAAACCAUGCAGGUUGACUGCUUUUGUUGGCUACAAGUCUGGGAUGACUCAUAUAGUUAGGGAGGUCGAGAAACCUGGAUCAAAGCUUCAUAAGAAGGAGACAUGUGAAGCUGUCACUAUCAUUGAAACUCCUCCAGUUGUUGUUGUUGGAGUGGUGGGAUACGUGAAGACACCACGAGGCCUUCGCACACUGAAUACUGUUUGGGCUCAGCAUCUUAGUGAAGAUAUCAAGCGCCGGUUUUACAAGAACUGGUGCAAAUCAAAGAAGAAAGCUUUUACCAAGUAUACCAAGAAAUAUGAAACUGACGAAGGGAAGAAAGAUAUUCAAACUCAGCUUGAGAAAUUGAAAAAGUAUGCCACUGUCAUUCGUGUUCUUGCUCAUACUCAGAUAAGGAAGUUGAAGGGUCUAAAACAAAAGAAAGCUCAUUUGAUGGAGAUCCAAGUUAAUGGUGGAACCGUGAGCCAGAAGGUGGACUAUGCAUAUGGUUUCUUUGAAAAGCAAAUCCCUGUUGAUGCUGUUUUUCAAAAGGAUGAGAUGAUAGAUAUCAUCGGAGUGACUAAAGGUAAAGGUUAUGAAGGUGUGGUAACUCGUUGGGGUGUCACUCGCCUUCCACGAAAGACGCACAGAGGUCUCAGGAAGGUUGCUUGUAUUGGUGCCUGGCACCCUGCUCGUGUUUCUUUCACAGUUGCCAGGGCUGGGCAGAAUGGAUAUCAUCAUCGUACUGAGUUGAAUAAGAAGAUCUACAAGGUUGGCAAGACCGACCAAGAGUCACAUACUGCCAUCACCGAAUUUGACAGGACUGAGAAGGAAAUCACCCCUAUGGGUGGAUUUCCUCAUUAUGGUAUUGUGAAGCAUGAUUAUCUUAUGAUCAAGGGAUGCUGUGUUGGACCAAAGAAGCGGGUUGUCACUCUUCGUCAGUCACUACUCAAGCAGACAUCUCGAUUGGCUCUUGAAGAGAUCAACCUGAAGUUCAUUGACACCUCCUCCAAGUUUGGACAUGGUCGCUUCCAGACUACCCAGGAGAAACAAAAGUUUUAUGGUCGGUUGAAGGCGUAAUUUAUUUUACAAUUGUGACGUUUAUCAGUUCUGUUUGGAGCCUUUGCAAUCCAAUUUGGCAUCAAAAUAAGACAUUUAGUGAGUGGUCUUUUUAUUUCUUAGAGUCAGUCGUUCUUCGGUUCUCACUGAGAACACAGUUUUGUUAUUUCCUUUCGAAUUGAACCUUUGCAAUCCCAUUUUGCAUCAAAAUAAGACAUCUUGUGAGUGGUCUUUUUAUUUCUUAGAGUCAGUCAGUGGUUGUUUUACAUUUCUCGGUCAGAACACAGUUUUGUUAUUUCCUUUGAAAUUGGAACUCUUCUAUUAUUGCUGUUUUACUUUUAUCAGCUAAAUUUUGAUGGUACUUUUGGAUA